CCCUGGAGACUUUGCUGCCUCGCCGCCCAGACACGGCUCUGCAAUGUUUACACGGUGGACGUCCAAAUCAAAGCGCUCAGUGGAUCUGAGCUUUCUGAACCACGAAGAAGUGAACGCCGUCCUGGGAGUGUUGGAACGAGAUAAAGAGGUCCGGAGGAUGAACUCCGAGAGGCUCAAAGAAGUCAAGAAGACUAAUCCAAACAAGUUAUGGUUGAAAGGAGUGACUGGCGAAUGGUUUGAAGAGUUAAAGAAAUCAAAAUUCAACAAUCAGACCGACUUGAGUAAGCUACUGAAAGUGCCGCAGAGCUGGCAAUCUGGAAAGAACAAUCAACCUGCUUCAACCGACUCGAAGCUCACACGAUCAAAAAACUGUCCACAGGUAAAAAAUGUAAGCAGUGACAUGAAGUCUUCGGGUAACUCCAAAGUUGAUGAAAGUGGAGAUCCUGUUUCCAAGCCUGUUGCUGCUGCUUCUGAAUCUGACAGACACAAAGCAGACUUGCUCUUAGAAAAAGAUCGGUGCAGUAACUACAAAUCGUUGCAAUUAGAAUCGCCAGCUAUGUUACAGCAAAUCAAUGUACACUUGAAGGUAGCAAUAGUCCCCCGUGUGAAAAGAAAAGUGUACGUGUAUCAUGAAAUCUGUAAACACGUUCUCGAUAAUGAACAACCUAAAGUACUUGGCCAAGACUCAGAAACAAAGACCAGCAAUGUUGCUGUUGAUGAACAUGGAAAAAUUACGUCAAUGGAAAAUGUAAACACUUCAGAGUUACAGAAAAAUACCAGGGAUGAAGAUGGAGUAAAAAGUCACGCAGAGGAUGGCCAAGCAGGAUUAUGCAGAAAUUACAAUAAAAUGAAUGCUGGCAAGUUAAGUGAAAGCACUGAGAAAACAUCACUCAUCAUUGGAUGUGACAAAAAAAAUGGGAGGCACACUUCUCAGGCACGUGAUGUUCUUGCUGAUGAGCAACAAGGAAAUGUUUGUACUCGUGUUGAUUUGGAUCAUUACAAAACAGACAAUGGAUUGUCAUCAGAUCCAAAAACUGGCCUCUCAUCUUCUGUUAUUCAUCCUCAAAAUGAGCUUCAGGAUCAUCCAAUAACCAAUGGGCAUGAUGUUCCAACAAGAUCAAAUUCCGGUUGUUAUUCGUUGAAGAGCAAAUGCGUAAAGGAAAGAACAUUGUUUGAUCUCCUGGUUGAAUCACAGAUUCUUCCAGAUAUUUCCAAAAAAUAUUCAUCAAACAAUAUUUGCGAACCUUCACAGAGAAAUGAAAGUGAUUCAACCAGCAGUAGUGAGACUGUGCCAUUCAGCUCAAUGACAGGACAAAGAAGCCACAAUAUUGGUAAUAUGCAUGUGCUGCAGCAAAAUUGGUCAGAUAAUUUACUUGACACUUCUCAAAAAACUGACAAUGCUCUCCUAAUCGAAGGCAGUAAAUCUGAAACCAUCCUUCUAGCUUCAUCAGCUGUUCCAGUAUGUAUUUCACACCCUCUGCUUUCCACAUAUACUAACAGCAGGAGCGAUGUUAAUGCACUAAAUCACAAUGUCAGUUCUAAAAGUGGCAUCGUCAGUGAUUCUUUACAGAUCAGUCAACUUAAAUCUGGUAUAUCUCUUUCACAACUAAAUCAACACUGUCAAGCUAGAGCUACUUCGCAUAUCACAAUCAAUAGCAGAAAGAGGCAACAGUACCCAGGGACAGAAGACACAAACAUAGUUACACAGGUAAAACAUAACAAUGAUGGUUUGCAACACCAUGCACAUGAGCAAGAAAGGACCGAUUUGUUUUCAAACCCAAAAGCAGAAUCCCGUUCAGUAAUUAUGCUUACUUUGAGUAAAAUGAGAACGAAAACUGGCACGACAAAAAAUGCUGACGUUCCAUUGUCAGAUGAUAAAAAACAAACCUGCAAGGUCGUGGGAAGAAGCGAUUCUUUACGAACAAUUCAGGUAAUUGGUUCACAACUGCCUAUGUGUGACAGGGACACAGAUGUGGUACCAGUAUGUAACCAAAGAUCAUCAAACAAUAACAAUAACAUGGAAAAUGAUAAACCAUUGUCUGUCAUUACAUCAUCUAAAGUUCUCAGAUACAAGUACCGGAUGGUGGAUCUAUCAGUAAGGAGUGAUAGUUUAACUGCAGACAUGCUUCGGUAUAAAUCUGAAGCCAACCAUGUACUUGUGUUACCAGAUGUGACAAAAGCACCUCUUUUGGAUGUUAAAAAUGAUAUGAAAAAUACUUUGCAGAAUAUACCACCACAUAAAAUCAGUAGUAUUUUAACAGAUAUACCUGAUGUUGAUAAUAUGCAAAACUAUCAAACGGUAAAGGCCAGCACACCACAGUCAGAUAUAAUGACUCAAUGCCAGUCUACCGUUUACAUACAUACCAAUGAAGUCAAGUUAUCCAAACGCUACCCUACUGGUGGAAUCAGCAAUGUUGCACAGCAAGACAGUUGCAAAGCCUUGCCAGAAACAGUAAUAGAUCAGCAAUCCCCUGUAACUAAAGCACAAUUGAGGCAAGAUGCCAUACUAGAUGGAGGCAAAGAAAUUUUACCAAAGGAAAGAUCUGAAACAAGCAGUAAGCUUACAUCAGAAAAUUCAGUAUUUGGCCCCUGCAUUCCUGCAGAGAGUGUGGAUAGCAGCCAAAUGAAGUCUCAAGCUAAUUUCCAGCUUGGUGAUAAUACUACCACGUGUCCUAAAAGUGUAGUGAAUUAUCCACCUGAAAAUAAUCUAUUAUUAUCACAAGAUACGCUUACUGGUCAGCAAUCUCCUACAAAUAACCACAACCUGCUGUUUCAUUCCCCAGUAAAAUCAUGCACUAACGAAAUUUUGGAAAAUUGCCUCUCUGAGAACUCUGCCGUUGUUUUGCUACGAGACACUCCAUCUAGUUUGGAUGCUUCUUCUAGUGUUCAACAUGAUACUGAAAGCACACGUCAGAAUUGGGAAUCCAACACCAAGAUUGGAGGCCUUACCAAAGAAAACGAACAACCUGAUUAUUCCAUGGCUGAUGUUGCUUCUUCAUCACCAAAUCCAGUUUCUAAACAGAUGGCCCUUUCAGAUAAUACAUCCAAGUCAUGGGAUCACUGUCUAAGCAAUAGUGGUAUCAUUGGGGACAGAAAAAUUCUCAGCCAUUUGCAAAGUUUGAAAUCUGAAAUCAGUACUCCACUUAUUUCAAGUAGAGUUACGUACCAAGUGUCUCCUAUGUAUGUGAAGGACUAUAAAAACAAACAACUCAAUUAUUUGCCAAACUCUAGACAGAGAGUUAUUGAAGAUUUUGUGCAGUACAAUCAAUCUGAGACGACUUGUGUAUCUUCAUCUUUGGAUCAGAUGAACAGCCAACUACAUCUUGUAAAUACCACAGAUAGCAAUGCAUGUGGGUCACUGAAUUCCUCACUUGACAAUUACAUUCACUUUGUGAAUACUGGAUUGAAUAAGCAUUUAGAAAGCUGCAGUUCUGAUCCUCCAUCAGGUUCACUUAAUGAUCCUGCUAGCACCGUACAACAUUCAGCUGAUGGAUCGAUGUCAGUGAAUUCAGAUUUACCAUUAUGUCGGCUGCUUGUCCAGGAAUGUCCUGCAACUGCCACAGAUAUAAAGAAAAAUGCACUGCCACAUUAUUCUCAUGAAGAGCCUUGCGAUCAAAAUAAAUCUGAAAAUUUGGUUGAUACAUACACAGCAAUCACGUCACCAAAUAACUAUCCAAGCAAACACUCCGUUUAUCCUUCACAAAACAACCAUAACAUCCAUGUGGAGGAAGGAGCCAAUGAGUAUUUGCAAAACAAUUCGGAACACCAAGACAAAAGUCUCCCUUCUGAGGAAUUGACGGAUGUAAAAGCUACAGCAACUGACAUAGAAAUGAAUACAGAUACUCUGCAGCACAAUACAUCAAAUAAAACUCUGCAUGAUGAGAAAUCUUAUGACAGAUUCGCAUCUAGAAUAUUGCAUGAAAUUAAUAACAUAGCCGAUACGCAACUUCAGUUCCCACUCGGUGGAGAUAUCACAGUGGAUGGGAGAUGUAAAGAAUAUUUAGAAAAUGGCAACGGUAAAUUAUCAACCUCUGAUUCACUGACCGACUUACAACCUUUAAAUUUAAUGGAAAACAUAACCAAGACACCCACAAGUUCCCUGUCCAUUAGCAAUAGCUCUGUAGGUCCGGACAAUGAAAAGACUGUGAAACAUUGCCAAUCAGAAUACUACAGUGUAAUUUCACUCAAUGCAUGUCCUGCAGCAUAUUUCACAGAAGGUGCAACCAACGCUGUACAAAACAUGUGCCCAGAUAACAAUGGGUUAACAUUUUGUAGAAGAGCCCAUGACGAUAAUGCACAAGACAAAUCAAAACUUCAAGAUUUGUUGACUGGUGAUCAGUUUACCACAAAUACCAAUAUGAUUCCAACAUUUUCAAUGAUGCCAAAUAACAAGGACACGACUGAUCACGAGUUAUUAAAUUCACCAGGUGGUUCAACCACCACUGAGGACAGAGGCAAUGCAAUUUUACAAAGAAGCAAAAGGCCUACACAUGCAGAAACUGAGAUAAACUCUUUUACCAAUGUUCCACAAAAAGAAAUGUUACUCACUCAAUUCCCACUCAAUUAUAACACCACUCCAGCUGCAGAAAGUAUCAAAACUGUAGAAAAUUACCAGUCUGCCAAAAGAUGUACACUUUUGUCACAAGAUGGAGUAACUGAACAACAGUCUGUUACUAAUUUGGAGGAAGUGAAUAAACAGUAUACCCUUACAAAUACUGUGCAUGACAGCAAGGACACACCCCAGAAAUGCCCGUCAAAUAUUGAUGGUAUAACUGUCUACAGAAGGUCUAGUAAUGAUUGUGAUCCACCAGAUGGAUGUGUGAUUAAGUGUACACCUUCACCACUGAAUCCCGAUUCAGACCUGCUGCCGCAUGUAGGCACUUCACUCAAUAAUGAACACAGUCCAACGGGUCACAUCCUAAACUAUGUCGGUGAUGCUGUAGACUCAAAAGGUGCUGACAUUCAUGAAAAUAAAAGAGCAGAUUUAUCGGGGACUCUACAAAUAUCUCCAAUAAGUACCUCACACAGCAACAAGAACAAACCAUGGAACCAUUCAUCAAUUAUUGGUCGUAAUGUUAUGAUCAAAGGAAUUGAUGAAUUGAAUGCAACUCACAUAGCCCCAAUACUGGAUCCAGUAGCCAACCAACAGCCUUCCAAUAGUUUAUUUAGUUCUGUGGGUGAUGUACUCAACAGUGGAACUGUUGGUGUGGAAAUUGCUGUCAACAAAUGUGUACAAAACAAUAGUGCAGAAAACAACAAAAUACCAACAGUAGAUUCAUUAACUGAUUUGCAGACUGUCCUAACUAUCACAGAUACGAAUACAAAUAUUGGGCAUAAUCAUUUAACAAAAGAUUUUGAUGUUUGUCACAAAUUCCCUCUAAAUUAUAACAUCCCUCCAGUUGUUGAAAGUAUCAAAACUACAGAAGGCCUUUCUGAAGAAAGAUCUCCACUUUUGUCACAAGAUGGAGUAACUGAACAACAGUCUGUUACUAAUUUGGACAAUGACAGAGACAAGCCAUUGGAACAUUUAUUCGACAAUAGUGAAAUGGAAAUAAAUGAGAAUUUUCAGAAAGACAAGCCUGAAAUCAACAAUGUUGUUUCACCAGUUAGCCAUCACCACUCUGCUACAAGCAUUACUGAUAUAACAAAGAAUACUUUACAGCACGGUACAAGAGUAACUGACCUCUACCAUCAUAAGAGACCCUAUAACAGAUUCAAAUUAAACCUUUUUCAGAGAACAAAGAGUGUUUCCUCAUUACCUGAAAUGACGGGGCAAUGGCAAACUGAUAAUACCUCAUUCUUCAGCAAUCAAGAAAAACUGAAGACUCUCCCUCCAAUCAGACAUAACAGCAUUAUGUUGCUGAGUGAUGAAAAUAUAGAAAAAUACAAAGCAAUUUCAUCAAGGGAUGAGGUGAAUGAACAGUAUACCCUUACAAAUACAGCACAUGACAGCAAGGAUACAUCCCAGAAAUGCCCAACAAAUAUUGAUGACAGAAGGUCUAGUAAUGAUUGUGAUCCAUUAGAUGGAUGUGAGAUUAACUGUACACCAGUGGGUGAUGUACUCAUCAAUGGAGCUGUUGGUGCAGAAAUUGCAGUCAACAAAUGUGUACAAAAUGAUACUGCAGAAACCAACAAAAUAACAGUAGAUUCACUAACUGACUUACAGACUAUCCCAACUAUCAACGUUAUAUAUAGAAAACCUGGACAGGAUUAUUUCGCCAAAGAUUUUGAUAUCUGUCCUGAAUUUCCACUCAAUUAUAGCAUCAGUCAGGCUGCAGAAUGUGUCAAUACUACAGAAGGCCACCGAUCUGAAGAAACAUGUCCGGUUUUGUCUCAAAAUGGAGUAACUGAACAACAGUCUGUUACUUAUUUGGACAGGCAAUUGGAACAUUUAUCGAACAGUACUGAAAUGGAAAUAAAUGAGAAUUUUCAGAAAGACAAGCCUAAAAUCAACAAUGUUGUUUCACCAGUUAUACUUCACCACUCUGCUGCAAGUGUUAUUGAUAUCACAAAGGUUACUUUACAGCACGGCACAACAAAGGUAACUGACAUCUACCAUCGUAGACCAUCAAACAGAUUCAAAUUAGACUUUUUACAGAGAGCAAAGAGUGUUUCCUCAUCACCUGAAAUGACAGGGCAAUGGCAAACUGAUAAUACCUCAUUCUUCAGCAAUCAAGAAAAACUGAAGACUCCCCUUCCGCUCAGCCAUAACAUUAAUCUGUUGCCGAGUGAUGAAAAUGUAGAAAAAUGGCAAGCAGUUUCAUCAAAGGAUGAAGUGAAUGAACAGUAUAUCCUUACAAAUACUGCACAUGACAGCAAGGACACAUCCCAGAAAUGCCCAACAAAUAUUGACGGUAUAAGUGUCAACAGAGGGUCUAGUAAUGAUUGUGAUCCACCAGAUGGAUGUGAGAUUAAGCGUACACCUUCACCACUGAAUCCAGAUCCAGGACAGUUGCUUCAUGUAGACACUUCACUCAAUAAUCAACACAUGCCAACAGGUCAAGUCUUAAACACUGCUGAUGAUGCUGGAUUCUCGAAACGUCCUGACAAUCAUGAAAAUAAAAGAGCAGUUGCAUCAGGAACUCCACAAAUAUCUAUAAGUACAGCAGACAGUAGCAAGAACAACCCAUUGAACCAUUCAUCAAUUAUUGCUGAUAAUGUUGUGAGCAAAGGAAUUGAUGAACUUAAUGUAAAGUACAUCCUUCCAAUAUUGGACUUAGUAAUCAUCCAACAGCCUUCCAAUAGUUUAUUUAGUUCUGUGGGUGAUGUACUCAACAGUGGAACUGCUGGUGUGGAAAUUGCUGUCAACAAAUGUGUACAAAACGAUAGUGCAGAAAACAACAAAAUACCAACAGUAGAUUCAUUAACUGGUUUGCAGACUGUCCUAACUAUCACAGAUACGAAUACAAAUAUUGGGCAUAAUCAUUUAGCAAAAGAUUUUGAUAUUUGUCACGAAUUCUCUCUCAAUUAUAAAACCCAUCCAGCUGCUGAAAGUAUCAAAGCUACAGAAAGCCACCGAUCUGAAGAAAGAUGUCCAGUGUUGUCACAAGAUGGAGUAACUGAACAACAGUCUGUUACUAAUUUGGACAAUGACAGAGACAAGCCAUUGGAACAUUUAUGGGACAAUAGUGAAAUAGAAAUAAAUGAGAAUUUCCAGAAAGACGAGCCCGAAAUCAACAAUGUCGUUAGCCAUCACCACUCUGCUGCAAGCGUUACUGACAUAACAAAGAAUACUUUGCAGCACGGUACAACAAAGGUAACUGACAUCUACCAUCGUAAGAGAUCCUCAAACAGAUUCAAAUUAAACCUUUUUCAGAGAGCAAAGAGUGUUUCCUCAUUACCUGAAAUGACGGGGCAAUGGCAAACUGAUAAUACCUCAUUCUUCAGCAAUCAAGAAAAACUGAAGACUCUCCCUCCAAUCAGACAUAACAGCAUUAUGUUGCUGAGUGAUGAAAAUAUAGAGAAAUACAAAGCAAUUUCAUCAAGGGAUGAAGUGAAUGAACAGUAUACCCUUACAAAUACAGCACAUGACAGCAAGGACACAUCCCAGAAAUGCCCAACAAAUAUUGAUGACAGAAGGUCUAGUAAUGAUUGUGAUCCAUCAGAUGGAUGUGAGAUUAACUGUACACCAGUGGGUGAUGUACUCAUCAAUGGAGCUGUUGGUGCAGAAAUUGUAGUCAACAAAUGUGUACAAAAUGAUACUGCAGAAACCAACAAAAUAACAGUAGAUUCACUAACUGACUUACAGACUAUCCCAACUAUCAAUGAUACAUAUAGAAAACUUGGACAGGAUUAUUUAGCAAAAGAUUUUGAUAUCUGUCCUGAAUUUCCACUCAAUUAUAGCAUCAGUCAAGCUGCAGAAUGUAUUAAUACUACAGAAGGCCACCGAUCUGAAGAAACAUGUCCGGUUUUGACUCAAAACGGAGUAACUGUUACUAAUUUGGACAGGCCAUUGCAACAUUUAUUGAACAGUACUGAAAUGGAAAUAAAUGAGAAUAUUCAGAAAGACGAGCCUAAAAUCAACAAUGUUGUUUCACCAGUUAUACUUCACCACUCUGCUGCAAAUGUUAUUGAUAUCACAAAGGAUACUUUACAGCACGGUACAACAAAGGUAACUGACAUCUACCACCGUAGACCAUCAAACAGAUUCAAAUUAGACUUUUUACAGAGAGCAAAGAGUGUUUCCUCAUUACCUGAAAUGACAGGGCAAUGGCAAACUGAUAAUACCUCAUUCUUCAGCAAUCAAGAAAAACUGAAGACUCCCCUUCCGCUCAGCCAUAAGAUUAAUCUGUUGCCGAGUGAUGAAAAUGUAGAAAAAUGGCAAGCAGUUUCAUCAAAGGAUGAAGUGAAUGAACAGUAUAUCCUUACAAAUACUGCACAUGACAGCAAGGACACAUCCCAGAAAUGCCCAACAAAUAUUGAUGGAAUAACUGUCAACAGAGGGUCUAGUAAUGAUUGUGAUCCAUCAGAUGGAUGUGAGAUUAACUGUACACCAGUGGGUGAUGUACUCAUCAAUGGAGCUGUUGGUGCAGAAAUUGCAGUCAACAAAUGUGUACAAAAUGAUACUGCAGAAAGCAACAAAAUAACAGUAGAUUCACUAACUGACUUACAGACUAUCCCAACUAUCAAUGGUAUAUAUAGAAAACUUGGACAGGAUUAUUUAGCAAAAGAUUUUGAUAUCUGUCCUGAAUUUCCACUCAAUUAUAGCAUCAGUCAGGCUGCAGAAUGUAUUAAUACUACAGAAGGCCACCAAUCUGAAGAAACAUGUCCGGUUUUGACUCAAAAUGGAGUAACUGUUACUAAUUUGGACAGGCCAUUGCAACAUUUAUUGAACAGUACUGAAAUGGAAAUAAAUGAGAAUUUUCAGAAAGACGAGCCUAAAAUCAACAAUGUUGUUUCACCAGUUAUACUUCACCACUCUGCUGCAAGUGUUAUUGAUAUCACAAAGGAUACUUUACAGCAUGGUACAACAAAGGUAACUGACAUCUACCAUCGUAGGAGACCAUCAAACAGAUUCAAAUUAGACUUUUUACAGAGAGCAAAGAGUGUUUCCUCAUUACCUGAAAUGACAGGGCAAUGGCAAACUGAUAAUACCUCAUUCUUCAGCAAUCAAGAAAAACUGAAGACUCCCCUUCCGCUCAGCCAUAAGAUUAAUCUGUUGCCGAGUGAUGAAAAUGUAGAAAAAUGGCAAGCAGUUUCAUCAAAGGAUGAAGUGAAUGAACAGUAUAUCCUUACAAAUACUGCACAUGACAGCAAGGACACGUCCCAGAAAUGCCCAACAAAUAUUGACGGUAUAAGUGUCAACAGAGGGUCUAGUAAUGAUUGUGAUCCACCAGAUGGAUGUGAGAUUAAGCGUACACCUCCACCACUGAAUCCAGAUCCCGGUCAGUUGCUUCAUGUAGACACUUCACUCAAUAAUCAACACAUGCCAACAGGUCAAGUCUUAAACACUGCUGAUGAUGCUGGAUUCUCAAAACGUCCUGACAAUCAAAAAAUUAAAAGAGCAGAUUUAUCAGGAACUCUGGAAAUAUCUCCUACAAGUACAGCACAUAGCAACAAGAACAAAUCAUUGUAUCAGUCAUCCAAUAUUGCUAACACUGUUUCAAGCAAAAGUAUAGAUGAAUUUAAUGCAGCCCACAUUCUUCCAAUGCUGCGUCCAGUGAUCAGCCAAAAGCCUUCCAAUAGUUCAUUUAAGAUGCUAAGUGAUUUGCUCAACAAUGGUGGUGCAAAAAUUGAGACAGCCAAAAUAUCAACAGUAGAUUCACUAACUGGCUUUCAGACUGUCCUAAAUAUCACAGAUAUACACGAAAAUCCUGGGCAAGAUUAUUUAACAAGAGAUUUUGAUAUCUUUCAUGAUGAACUAACCAAUGAGAAGUCAAAUAUUAAACGUUUACAUAAAACAAAUGAUGCACUACCAUCACCUAAGGCUCAGUACAUUACCACUAAUAUAAGCAAGAAUCAAGACAAGCAAGCAUGUCAUUCCGCAUGGAGUGAUGGCAUUGUAAUGGGCAGAUCGAACAAAUCAAAUGCCAAAGAUUGUUAUUUAUUGCCGUCUAGCCAACGGGUAUCUGGUAUAAUUAAAAAUAAGCAAUCUUUGACUCAUUCGACAUUGAGAAGCGACUUUGAAAUGAACGUAGCAGAUGUCAAGAAUGUAACAAAUGGUCAAUUGCAAAACAGAGCCGCCUUAUUGCAGUCACCAACUGGGCUAAAGUAUUCUUCAGACACUACAUGUGGCAACAAUAUUCAAUUUCAGAAUUCCUCUCCAAAGAAGGAUAUGUGUUCGAGGAAAAGCAUUGGCAUUAAAUCAACAAAUGACACUAACCUUGCAUUACCAGAUUUUCUGACUGAGCAAGAAUCUCCCGAUGAUCUCACUUACAACAAGAGCAAUAAAUAUUUGAAUGAGCCAAUGGAAGAUAGAGAUGCCACUUUGGAUCGAAGGUGGAAGGAUAUUUAUGCAAAAACAGAGAAGUAUUUAAUCAGUAGCGGUUCUACACCACCUGAUUCACCACAUGGUCAGUCUCCACGAAAUAAAUACAUCCUCAAGAAUUAUUCAACAGAUAGUUGUGACAUUUCUCCACAGGACAUUGACGUGGUAAAAGAAAAUAAAAAAGUAUUCAGAUACAGGCGAAAAUCAUUGCCGGGACGAAUGUUGGAGUAUGGGAGAUCAAGAACAUGCACAACUAAUGUACAUACAUUUAACUCCUUACAGCACUGUUAUCUAAAAAAACAAAUUGGUUCAGAAUUCAUAGAGAUUAAUGACUUACAUAACAGGUUAAAUACCAAUAGUGAUUUCUCUCAACACAGGGUAAACUCAACUAGUACUGACAAAGAUGAUAAUUCCUCUGUAAACAAUAAUGACCAGACAGGAGCAGCCAGAUUCUCAAAGAAUUAUUCCAGGUUUAAAAGCUCCCAGAUAUCCCAAUCUCACAAUGUACAAAACAGAUAUGGCCAUCUCUAUAGGACAACAUGUCUGAAAGAUAUUAAUUCACAUUGCAAUCUACUUUCUCAACCAGAUCAGGAAAAUGUAUUAUCCACCAACAUCAGGCAUGAACCUAAACUAACUACUCAAAAGAGACAAGCUGUGCCCUUCCCUUCCUUUUUAGGUUAUAUAAAACGUAGCAGACUUUAUGGAUCUUAUCCUGAUCUGUCCUUUUGUAACAGGAAUGAAUUUGAUUAUAACAUCUGUUCUUCGUACCAUGAUAGGCAAGACGAUGACGAAUUAAUAAAUAGAAAUGAAGACAAAAGCAAUAUUUCUCAAAAGGAAGCAGUAAAAAAGGAUACAUACUUAGAGAACAAGAAACAUGGGAGAGAGUGUAAACCUGAAUUUCACAAGAAAGCUGCUUCUCGAAGCAUUGAGGAUGUUUUUGAUCCACUCCCCAGUGAAGUAACACAGGAUCUAGGGAUGGAUGAUGAGACCGUUACGAACAAUGAGUAUUUUCCAGUGGAUAUAAAACUGUUCUGGCCAAAGGAAAACCCCACAGAUAUAAUACGACUGCUCAGUUCAACGUCCACUGGGAGUAAAAUGUCAGAGGAUAGUCUCUCCCCACAGUCAUAUCGUGUACCAGCUGAAAUUUGGAAACCAAACCUGUCCUGUUAUUCAGAAACAGACUCGGACACCACGACUGAUGAUGAGUAUUUCUUGGAUUGUAAUGAAACUGCAAAAGAAUCUGCAUUAUAAUACCCUUCACCACACAUAAGACUGAAUGGAGAAGUGUUUUACUGAUUUGAAACAAAUCAUGGUGUAUGGCCACCUAAUGCUUUGAUGACCAUGGACAUCUUACUAUGAUUUUAUGCUGUUAGAUUUGACUGAAAUGCUAAGUAACAUUGUUAUUACCUACUCUCCAUAAGUAUUUUCAAAACUUAUAACAUAGCCACUUGUUUUGGCAUACUUCCAAAAAAAGGCAGACAAAAAUAUUGGAGAAACUCAGCGGAUGAGGCAGCAUCUAUGGAGCGAAGGAAAUAGGCGACAUUUUGGGUCGAGGCCCUUCUCCAGGCAAUUGCUUGUACUGUUACAAACAUUUGAAAUUCACUUACACAUUUUUGGAUGAAUUUAUAUUUAAACCAGUAAUUGCCUGCUAUCUUAGGACUGCUUGGGAGGUGUUCUUUCAUCAGGUUUCUGAUGCAGGAUCACACCUGAAAAUUUAACAUAGCUUUCCCUCUUGUACAUACAGUUCUGUUAUGCAGUUCCAGUCCUUUAUGUUUUCAUUUGAGUUUUUUAAUUUUAUUGUUGGAAGCUCGUCCUUCAUACAUUAAAUUUUGUGAGCAAUUGUUGAGUUCAAAAGAUAGGUGCAAAAUGCUGGAGUAACUCAGUGGGUCAGGCAUCUCUGGAGGAAAAGAAUAGGUGACAUUUCAGGUCGAAACCCUUCACAUGGAUAGGAAAGGUUUAGAGGAAUGUGGGGCAAAUGGUGGGACUAGUGUAGACGGGACAUCUUGGUCAGCAUGUGCAAGUUGGGUCAUAGGUCCUGUUGCGAUACUGUAUGAUUCCAUGACUAUAUAUAAUUGAGGAGAUAGUCCUAAUAUUUUCCAAUGAAACAUGUUCCUUGUUUGAUCAUGGAUUUUACAUUAUAAUCUACACCUGUCCAUCAAAUAAAUAUUAAAGGUACACAAAAAUGCUGGAGAAACUCAGCGGGUGCAGCAGCAUCUAUGGAGCGAAGGAAAUAGGCGACGUUUCGGGCCGAAACCCUUCUUCAGACUGAAGGGUCUCCAGCAUUUGUGUGUACCUUCGAUCUUCCAGCAUCUGCAGUUCCUUCUUGAACAAAUAAAUAUUAAACUAGUCUUAUAAGAAAUUAUGCUUCCAUUAAAAUAGUGCAAUAAUUUUGCAUUUGCAAGCAUUCCCAAUUAUUUGGGUUCCACCCAAAGAAUAAAUGUUAGGAAGGUCAACCCCAGUCAUGUAGCACUAAAAGCACAAAGUAGUUUAGUUUAUUAUAGUCACUUGUACCGAUGUACAGUCAAGAGCUUUUUAUUUGUUGCCAAACAUAUAGAAGUAGCAAUUGGAUAAUAUACCUGGGUACUGAAAUUAGAUUCUUAAAUUUAUAAUGAAUGUGAAUUUAGGAAGCGGUAUAGAUUGUAACUGCCACUAUAUAAAGCUGUUAGUGAUACCAACCAGAGUCUGUAUUUUUAGGCAAUACAAUAAGCACAAUUUGUCAAAGUGUAUAUUUCCCUCCACUUAUAGUAACUCCUUCAGCAGUUCUUUGCUGGAAAAAAAAGUUUGCUAAUUUGUACAGUAUAUUGAGAGUAUGAAUGUAAUUAGAAAACCCAUGUAAAUGUAAUGAAUUUAUAUGAAACAAUUUGAGGCUUUUAUUUGUAAUAUAUUUAAAUGUAUGAGAAAUAUAGAUGUUAAAAUGUCUUGAAUGCUAAUUUGAAUGAAUAAUAAAUUAGAAAGAAAGAACAUGCAUGUGUCAAACAAAGUUCAUGAUCUCUAAUCCUUUCUUAUCCAUGCAAUUGUAAUUGUAAUUGUAACUAAUUUAUUAGCCAAGUAUGUAAAUAUACAAGGAAUUUGUUUUGCCAACAGUCAUACAAAAAAGCAACAAGAUACAUAACCACGUAACAUUAAACAUAGACUUAAACAGCCACCACAACAGCGUGUGAGGAUUCCCAGGGCACACAGCAAAAGCGAACACCCACAGCCAUCCGUUCAAUAUCCGGACCACAUGCACACUCCUUCAUCGUGAUGUGACCAGAGUUGUACCGACCGCUGUCACUCUAGCUGCAGUCCCUGUCUGCCCGAACAGUCAGAAAGCCAUCCACACUCACACUAGACUCCUGGACGUCCUCUUGGAGCCAUGUCCCUACAAACACCGAGAUCACGGCACUCCCUCCGAGUCCUCACUAGCGCAGGCUGCAUGUCCAUCUUAUUUUUCCGGCAACCUCGCAUUCCCCACUGUGGGGAAUUAUUAUUCAUUCAAAUUAGCAUUCAAGACAAUCGGUGCGAUCAAAGCUCCCGCAGUCGGCGAUCAAAGCUCCCGUGAUCGGAGCGGUCCAAGCUCCUGCGGUUGGAGCUCCCGCAGUCGAUCCCUAACAAAGCCAGCUCCACGAUGUUAAACCUGCAGUGCAGAGAAAGAUAUACGA